UUAUUUAAACACACACAUAAAAAUGUCUCGUAAACAAACAUCUACCGUAAAAUAUCAACCACAACAAGCAACUCCUCGAGCGCAAGAUCAACGUAUAACUCUUAUACAAAAUGUUGGUAAACAUCCUCGCCUGUACAAAAAUGAAUUUUUGCGUACGCCAUUUUUACAUCGUCAUGAGAAACAACAAAUUUGGGAUACAAUUGCACAAGAGUCGGGAUUUGAGAAGACUGAAGACGCAAAAUGCAAAUGGCGUUCGUUAAUCAAUUAUCUGCGCCAGCAUCUGGAUAGUGUCUCCCAAAAGAAAAUACGACGUUAUAUACCCGUCACCGAUAAUCCCGAAGAUAAAUACGUACAAUUAACCGAUUGGUCCUUCUACAAAGAAUUGGAAUUUGUGGUGCCAUACGUUAAAUAUGCAGCUAGCAAACAUAACACUAAUGGCGGAAAUCGCAUGGAAAUAACGCCCAGUGAAAUAGAUUUGAUAAUAGAUGGCAUUGAGGCAGAAGUCGAUAGGAAAAAUGAACACAACGCAAAGCUUGACAAUGAUCUUCAACCAUCACAAAAAAAGGAACUACUUCAUGAAAAUGAAGAACAGCAACAGCAAGUUAAUAAGUGUAGUAAAUUAGUGUUAUUAGAUAAAGAUGAGGAUGAUACAAUCUUAAAAGAAUACUUUGAAAACAUGCUGAAAUCUACCCUAAAAUUACCCAGAUUUCAUCAAAAUCGUAUUAAGCAAAAGCUAUUAGAUUGUGUAAAUGAACAAAAAGUUUUGAAUAAAAUUAAUUAGAUCUCUA